CCUCAGCCACGAAAUUUGGCUGGUUGGCUCGGUUUGCUGUUUUUAGGCCCGGCCGUGCCUCAGUGCACUCGCUCUCCCUCCCCCCAGCGCCCGCAAGUGGGCCCGUCCAGGCCGGGUGGCGCAUGCGCCUCAGAGGCCGGGAGCAGCGGGGGGCUGGCCGCGCCGAGCCGGGUCAGCUGUGGAGGGCGCUGGGGACUUCGCUACCCGGAGCUGCUGCGACUCCGGCGCCCAGGCCGCCGGCCUUUGGAUGGGGAGUCUUCGCUGGUGACUGUCACUUCAGUCCUCCCUGUGUGGCUUCGAGUCGGGUCGCUCUGCUGCGCUCCAUCCCUUCUCCUAAAGAUGCAUCCUGACUUAUCUCCACACUUGCACACUGAAGAAUGCAACGUCUUGAUUAACUUGCUUAAGGAAUGUCACAAAAAUCACAGCAUUCUGAAAUUUUUUGGUCAUUGCAAUGAUCUUGAUCGGGAGAUGAGAAAAUGCUUGAAGAAUGAGUACAUGGAAAAGAGGACCAAGAGCAGGGAGCAUGGCAAUGCGAUGAGAAAAAGACUUUUUAAUCCCGCAGAGGAAUCUGAAAAAUAAAUUGCAGGCAUACCUCGUGUUAUUGUGCUUCAUUUUAUUGAGCUUCGCAGCUAGUGCAUUUUUUUCAAAUUGAAGGUUGGUGGCAACCUCGCGUCGAGUGAGUCUAUUGGUGCCAUUUUUCCAACAGCAUUUCUCACCUCGUGUUUCUGUAUUGCAUUUUGGUAAUUCUUACAAUAUUUCAAACUUUAUAAUCACUAUUAUAAUUCUUAUGCUGGUCUGUGAUGUUACUAUUGUCAUUGUUUCGGGGCAUCACGAAGCGUGUCCACAGAAGACAGUGAACUUCAUCAGCGUUGUGUGUGUUCUGACUGCUCACCUACCAGCCCUUCCCUCGUCUCCCCUUGUCCUCGGGCCUCCCUGUUCCCUGAGACUCAGCAGUAUUGAAAUUAGGCCAGUUAGGAACCCUACGCUGGCCUCUAAGGGUGCAAGUGACAGGAAGAGUCCCUCGUCUCUCACUUUAAGUCAAAAGCUAGAAGUGAUUACGCUCAGGGAGAAGGGCAUGUUGAAAGCGGAGAUAGGCCGGAGCCAGGCCUCUUGCAUCAUUUAGCCAAGCUGUGAGUGCAAAGGGAAAGUUCCCGAAGGAGAUCAAAAGGGCUCCUCCAGCGGACAUGCAAAUGCGAAGAGAGCGAGAGGACUUACUGCUGAUGUGGAGAAGGUUUCAGCGGUCUGGAUAGAAGAGGAAACAUUCUCUUAAGCCAAAGCCUAAUCCAGAGCUAAGUGCUAACUCUCACCAGUUCCAUGGAGGCUGAGAGGCGAAGAAGCUGCACAAGAAAAGCUUGAAAUUGGCCGAUACUGGUUCGUGAGACGCAAAGGAAAGAGACUGUCGUCCUAACCUCAAAGUCCAAGGUGAAGCGGCAGGCGCUGUGGCAGAAGCUCCAGCCACGUGGAGGCAAGGCCCUUCACCAGCAAAAAGACUGACUUGCGGAAAGCUCAGGUGAUAUGGUUAGCACCUUAUAAACAAUAAAGUAUUUUUUAAUGAA